UCUCCAUAGACUUGAUUGCCCUUGCCAUGGCCAUGGCUAUUUCGGCCGAGCAGCCUGUCAUGCCAAGUAAGGUGGAACAGACGUCACUGCUGCGGGCCGAGUCGCCUUCCAUCACGAUGCGCGACAGCGUCCCUUGGCGCGGUCAUCGCAACGCGCUUUUGGCAUCUUCCCUGUUUUCCCUGGGCCUGGUGCUGGUUUUACUGCUGAUCAUCUCUGGCGAAAAAGCUGGGGAUGACGCCUUGGCGGACGAAGCCAAUCCACCCAAGUGGCCGUCGUCGGUGCACGUCUUCGAUGCUACGAUGGAUCCAUCCGAAACCAACGCCACUCUGUGGGAGAUCUUCAGGCGCAUGGGUCCCUUGAAGAGCGGGAAG